AUGCCCCACGUGACUAGCAUCGACAAGGGCAUUUGGGGAAACCACAAAAAGGGCCUCAAUGAACGUGCCAAUUGCCUUCGUGCGUCGUUGCUAAGGUUGAUCCUGAAGAUGUCGGCCUUGCAGACGUUUAUGCUGGUCGUUGACCAUGACAAACAGGAAGCCAGGCAGAUUGCCGAACGGAUUGCUCAAGAUAUCGAGAGCAAGAAGACGAACCUCGUUGAAGUUGUGCAGUCGCUUGGAGAAUAUAUAAAUGAUGACGAUCCGCUACUCCGGGGCAAGGCGGUUUCAUAUCUGACUGCCGUGAUCAAGGCCCUUCCGCCGAAAUUCCUCACGAGACAACAGGUCCAGGUCCUGACGACGUUCUUCUGUGACCGUAUAGAAGAUGCAGGCGCUGUCGCGGGUGUGGAGACACUGCAGAAGCUCGACAGGUUUACAAAGGAUAUGGCUGAGGAGGUAGCAAGAGCACUCUUCGAGAACUUUAAUACACUGCAAUCUCGCGCCCAGUCUCAGCGAUUCCAAGUCUACCAGCUCUUGAAUGAGUUGAUGUCCAAUCACCGAGCCGUGCUGCAUGAAAUGGGUGAUACCUCCCUUGUCGGGACAGUGGACCUUAUGACGGGCGAGAAGGAUCCGCGAAACCUCAUGCUGGUCUUCUCUAUCCUCAAAGUGAUCAUGGUUGAAUGGGAUAUCUCAAAUCACGUAGAGCUCUUGUUUGAUUCUGUCUACAACUACUUCCCAAUCACUUUCAGACCACCACCAAAUGAUCCAUAUGGGAUUACUGCUCAAGACCUGAAGGAUCGCCUACAGGACUGUAUUUCGUCAUCGAGCAGCUUCGCUCCGCACUCCAUUCCGGCUCUGUUGGAUAAACUUGAUUCCACAUCUCAGAAUGUCAAGAAAGAUGCUCUUAAUGCUUUGAUUGCUUGCAUCAACUCGUACAGCCCAGAUACAGUAUCCAAAUACUCGAUCACGAUAUGGGAAACCAUUAAGUUUGAGAUACUUAACGCCCAAGAGGAAUUCCUCUCUGACCUUUCUCUCACCGCGUUACAUGAUAUUGCAAAGCGUCUGUCGGAGGGUGUGACCCAGAUAUCUGAUCAGCUACCUCUGGCUCAGUAUCUACGACCAAUCACUAAGGAGUGCAAUGAACAACUCCGUGAGCCGCAGCAGAAGCAGGCUAAACCCGCACAAGAGAUUCUCAAAGCUACUUCAAAGGCGUCGGCUGCCUCCUUUUCUUUGAUCGUACAAGUUGUUGUGGCGCCUCUCUUGACACUCUACCAGGGAGCUGAUGGGAUUACGAAGCAGCGCGCUCUCUUAGAAACCUUGACACAACUAUUCGAAUCCGCCAUUAUGGUCUUUGGGGAGUGGACAUCUAGAACUCCUAUAUCAUCUGCUGAAAACCCGCUUUUAGAGUUCAAAGACCAGUUCUCCGAAAUCUUCGGGCAGGCUCUGAUGGGUACGGUUAAAGAGGAGGUCUCCUUCCGCAUCUCCGCCUUGAAGGGCUUUUUGCGGCUGUCGACGCUGCGUGAUUACUUCCAUGACUCAGAGAUUGGUCUUUUCGUGCAAUAUCUCAACGAAAUCCUCUUGAAGGAAGAGUCGGUGGGCCGUGAUGACUUGAAAAAGGAGUCGAUCGCCGCUCUGGCCGAGAUUUCGAAGCAUCAGCCUCGACUGAUCAUGGACAUAACCUUUCCAGCAUUCGUGGCUACACUUCCCGACUCUGAUGACGGAGACGACACAAGUUAUAUGAAGACUCUGGAAAUAUUGGCACAAAUCAGCGUUGAGAAAGCAGUUUUCGACACUUUGGUGCGACGGCUUCUCAACAAGCUAUCCCUGCUCCUGCAGAGGGAAGAACCGGGCUCUGCAGCCUACCCAAGGGCGAUACUUUUGACCCUAUACUAUGUCAUGAGCCAGAGAAAACUGGAGGAAGAUCCGGGUCUCGAGAUGUACUACGAUAAGAUCGUGGUCACCAUGAGUCGGAGCGCAGCUGUAACCGCGUCUGGCAAAGCGAAGAACAACAUCUUAUCUGAUCCUACUGUGUUGGAUAUCUUGGGCCGACUUUGCAACAUAAUUGUCAGAUCGCUCCCAAGAUCCAGGCAAGAUGAAGUCGCAAAGAAUGUCUACACUCUCUUCGCCUCUGCCGACGAGUUUCAGCCCGUUGUAUUCUCACAACCAGCCACCGAAAACCAGCAGCGAACAAUGAUUCUUUCAACCUAUCUCCUAGCAGGUCUCCCUGCAGACUCUAUGCUCCCCCACAGCAUGUCCGACCUCAUCCCAGACAUCGUAUCACGCUCCAUCUCCAAGACCGCGCCCGCAACUCAGCUCGCCAUCCUUCGCCACACUGCCCUUAUCGUGAACAAAUUCCUUCCCAAAUCCGAGCUGUCGACGGCAAUCGCCCUCUUUGACUCCCUCCUCCCAACAACCAGUGCCGAAUCUCAAAUCUCAGCCGAAACAAUCAAAACCCUCUUCUGGCUUUCCAAGUCCCUCAUCCUCCGUCUCGCACCCGCAACAACUAAGAUCCUCACCUCCCUCCUCUCCCUCCUUUCCUCCCCUGACGAAACAACAAGCAUAACAGCCGCCCGCGGCUUCGCAAUCCUCCUAAAGGACGACGAUGUCCUUUCCCCCACAAAUGGCGCAAACAUUCGCCUUUUGUCCAAGCAGCGCGUCUUCACAACCCUCAUCCCACUCAUAUCUGCUAAUAUCCGUGAAAUAAACACCACCUCCAACAACAAUGAUGCCGCUGUGGCAGCACCACCGAAGGAGCAUGUCAAACCGGCACACCUAACCGCCCUCUCGGGGAUCCUCUCUACAAUCUCGCCCACCCUUGUCAUGCCCGAACUCCCCACUCUUCUCCCGCUCCUCCUCCAAUCCCUCGACCUGCAAACGGAAGACUCGCAGGCCGUCCGUGCAGCAACACUCCAAACGCUUUCCGUGAUCAUCCGCGAGUCCGGAGUGACCGUUAUCGAAGAAUGCGGACACGUCCAGAGCCUCGUUACUCGAUUACUUAAGACAGCCGAGUACAAUAAGGAGCAGGCUGCCGUGGUGAAUGGACCCCGGCUGCGUGUUGAUGCGCUAAGAUGUCUGUUCUUGCUUGCGCAGACGCCGACGGGCGCGGGGGAUGCGCCUGCAGUUGCCAAGGCGGGGAAGCUAUCGCCUCUUUUGCCUGUGAGGAAUCAGGUUCUGCGGUCGUUGAGGUUUGUUCUUGAUGAUCCGAAGCGAGAUGUGCGGAAGGCUGCUGUUGAUGCGAGAGGGGCUUGGUUGCGGGGUGUUGAUGAGGCUCCUGAGGAUGAGGAUUGA